ACCAUUCACCAGGAUGAACUGCAGUGCUGGACUGACCGCUGCACACAGCAGCUCGCCGCUGAAGGCUGGUCUCUUCUUACAACCUGCCUGGGACCUGGUGCGGAGCAAGCAAGAUUGGAUGAAGUCACCUUUCUUCCCAAUCAUCUUCUCCUUUGGAGUCUACUUGUUUUUCUGCCUGCCUUUCAUCGCCCUGGACUUACUGGCGACCCGGGUCUCUUUCCUAAAGAAGCACAAGAUCCAGGUCCAGAACAACCCGAGCCUGAGAAUAAUGGCAUGCUGCGUGGGGCGGACCCUGUACAACCACCUGAUCUACAUCUUCCCCUUGACGGUGGCCAACUGGUACUGGCGACCCGUCCUCUUCCCGGACUCAGCCCCCGAGCUCCCCCGGGCCCUGCUGGACAUUGUCGCCUGCCUGCUUCUCUUCGACUUCCAGUACUUCGUGUGGCACCUGCUCCAUCACAAGGUGCCUUGGCUCUACCGGACCUUCCACAAAGUUCAUCACAAGUACACGGCCACAUUCGCCCUGACCACCGAGCACUCGGGAGCAUGGGAAACCCUCUCCCUGGGCUUCUUCGCCGCCGUGAACCCGGCCAUCCUGCGCUGCCACCCCUUCACCAAGCUGCUGUUCUUCAUCUGCAACGUCUGGCUCUCGGUGGAGGACCACUCGGGCUACGACUUCCCCUGGUCGACACACAGGCUGGUGCCUUUCGGCCUUUACGGGGGGGCUCCUCACCACGAUCUACAUCACAUGAAGUUUAAAACCAACUAUGCCCCUUACUUUACCCACUGGGACAAGCUCCUGGGCACCUACAGUACACUAACCAGUAAGUCCCGGUGAUUUGUUUAUAUUCUCCUCGGACGAGGAAGGGACAAAAGAGAACAAUUUAUUUAUUAGUGACUUUGAGAAUGUAUUAAGGAGGACUUUGAUCCUGCUGGUCAGUGAUUUCUGCAAGAUGAACACUUCAUUUGAGGACUUUGUACAGUUUUUUUAUGCAAAGCACUUUAGUCGCAUGAUGAUCUUUAUUUUUAUGGGAAAUGUUACAUCACAUUGUUAGUUAUUAAACUUCUGUGUUUAUGAAUAAUAUAUGACAAUAGAAUUUUAUGUAUUUAAUAUAAUUGAAUAAAAUUGGGACAUCUUUUGCAUAUAA